AGCUGAGGCGGCUAACGUGGUGUGCAGGCGGCCUGGCCCGGUAGUCCCGGCGGUGGGUCGGCGUGAGGGGUCCUGGGGUUCUGGGCGGGGAUAAUGGCAUCUCGGGCAGGCCCGCGAGCGGCCGGUACCGACGGCAGCGACUUUCAGCACCGGGAGCGCGUCGCCAUGCACUACCAGAUGAGUGUGACUCUCAAGUAUGAAAUCAAGAAGCUGAUCUACGUGCAUCUGGUCAUAUGGCUGCUCCUGGUUGCCAAGAUGAGCGUGGGACACCUGAGGCUAUUGUCGCAUGAUCAGGUGGCCAUGCCCUAUCAGUGGGAAUACCCGUAUCUGCUGAGCAUUGUGCCCUCUCUCUUGGGCCUCCUCUCCUUCCCUCGAAACAACAUUAGCUACCUCGUGCUCUCCAUGAUCAGCAUGGGGCUCUUUUCCAUAGCUCCCCUCAUUUAUGGCAGCAUGGAGAUGUUCCCUGCUGCACAGCAGCUCUACCGCCAUGGAAAGGCUUACCGCUUCCUCUUUGGUUUUUCUGCCGUCUCUGUCAUGUACCUGGUGUUGGUGCUGGCAGUUCAAGUGCAUGCCUGGCAGUUAUACUACAGCAAGAAGCUCCUAGACUCUUGGUUCACCAGCACACAGGAGAAGAAGCGUAAAUGAAGCCUGCCUGAUGGACUCUUCUGUGGGGUGAAGCCUGGGCCUCCCACCGAAAAGAGUGAGAAGGUAGAGGAGCUGUUGUGAAAUUGUUGGUGAUUUUGGCAGCUAGUGCAAACUAGGCCCACAUUCUGGAAAGCCCCUCCUUUGCCAUCAGCUGAAGUGGCAAAACUAUAUUUAAUUUAUUCCUGGUUGGCUGGAACUGGGUGAUCAACAACUAUAAAACAAACUUCAGCUGGUUGAACUUGAGGCCCUUCAGGGUUUUUCUUUAAGACUGAACCUCAUCCUUGCCUCUUGGUCAUUCUCUCCACUUUUGUCCAUUACCCCUUAGCCAUCAAGACUGAAGGAGUUAGGGAAUAAAUCAAAUUCUACUUUAAUCUGUAGGUGGUGGGGCAGAAACAUUUGGGAGGUUCCCCCUGCAGUCUGUUGUCUCCACUGCAAAGCAUUUUAUUUAAAAAGAACUUCAAUAAAGUUACAACUGCCUUCUCCA